AUGGGCGCUACCGAGAACGGCUCAUCAGCUCAGUCUCUCAAGUUCCUGAUCUACGGCCGCACGGGCUGGAUUGGCGGGCUUCUGGGCAAGCUCUGCGAAGCCCAGAACAUCGACUACGUCUACGGGUCGGGGCGACUGGAGAACCGGGCCUCGUUGGAGGCCGACAUCUCCUCGGCCCGGCCCACGCACGUGUUCAACGCCGCCGGCGUGACGGGGCGGCCCAACGUCGACUGGUGCGAGUCCCACAAGGUGGAGACGAUCCGAACUAACGUUGUCGGCACGCUGACGCUCGCCGACGUGUGCCGGGAGAAGUCUCUGGUGCUGGUUAAUUACGCUACGGGCUGUAUCUUUGAGUACGACGCCGGACACCCGCUCGGUUCGGGUAUCGGGUUCAAGGAGGAGGACACGCCCAAUUUCAUCGGAUCCUUUUAUUCCAAGACCAAAGCAAUGGUUGAGGAUUUACUGAAUAAUUAUGAGAAUGUCUGCACACUGCGGGUCCGGAUGCCCAUCUCGUCCGAUCUGUCAAAUCCUCGUAAUUUCAUUACGAAGAUCACAAGGUACGAGAAGGUGGUGGACAUCCCCAACUCCAUGACCAUCUUAGACGAGCUUCUUCCCAUAUCCAUCGAGAUGGCUAAGAGAAACCUCACUGGGAUAUGGAACUUCACAAACCCAGGAGUCGUGAGCCAUAAUGAGAUUCUGGAAAUGUACCGUGAGUACAUAGAUCCUAAUUUCACUUGGGCCAACUUCACUCUCGAGGAGCAGGCUAAGGUGAUUGUUGCCCCCAGGAGUAACAAUGAGCUCGAUGCCUCCAAACUGAAGAAGGAAUUUCCCGAACUCUUGCCCAUUAAGGAAUCCCUCGUUCAAUAUGUGUUCAAGCCAAACCAAAAGACUCCGGUGGUUUGA